AUGCACCUGCCGGCCUGCGCCCCCGCCAUGGCCGACGGCAGCUUCUCGCUUGCCGGCCACCUGCUCCGCAGCCCGGGAGGAAGCACGUCCCGGCUGCACAGCAUCGAGGCUAUCCUGGGAUUUACCAAGGACGACGCGAUCCUCGGUUCCUUCUCUGCGGAGCCGGGCGCCCGGGGCGCGAAGGAGCGGGAUAGGAGACCGGGCGCGCGGGCCGCCUGCCCCAAGGCGCCCGGGGGAAGCGGCGAGCCCUCCCCGCAGCCUGCCCCCGCGCCUGCUCCAGAGUACGAAGCCCCUCGACCUUACUGCCCCAAGGAGCCUGGAGAAGCACGGCCGAGCCCCGGGCUGCCCGUGGGUCCCGCCACCGGGGACGCGAAGCUGUCGGAGGAGGAGCAGCCCAAGAAGAAACACCGGCGGAACCGCACGACCUUCACCACGUAUCAGCUGCACGAGCUGGAACGCGCGUUCGAGAAGUCUCACUACCCCGACGUGUACAGCCGCGAGGAGCUGGCCGGCAAGGUCAACCUACCCGAAGUCCGCGUCCAGGUGUGGUUCCAGAACCGACGGGCCAAGUGGCGGCGGCAGGAGAAGCUCGAAGUGUCGUCCAUGAAGCUACAAGACUCGCCCCUCCUCUCCUUCAGCCGCUCCCCGCCGUCGGCAGCUCUGGCGCCCCUCGGGGCGAGCCCGGGCGGGGGCGGCGGGCCGGCGGGGGGCGCCCUGCCGCUCGAGUCGUGGCUGGGGUCGCCGCUGCCCGGCGGGGUCGCCACCGCGCUGCAGAGCCUGCCCGGCUUCGGGCCCCCCGCGCAGAGCCUGCCCGCCAGCUACACGCCGCCGCCGCCGCCGCCGCCCUUCCUGAACUCCCCGCCGCUGGGCCCCGGCCUGCAGCCCCUCGGGCCGCCGCCUCCCGCCUACCCGUGCGCGCCCGGCUUCGGGGACAAGUUCCCGCUGGACGAGGCGGACCCGCGCAACAGCAGCAUCGCGGCUCUGCGCCUCAAGGCCAAGGAGCACAUCCAGGCCAUCGGGAAGCCGUGGCAGGCCCUCUAG